AUGAAACAAACUUAUUCCAUUGAAAGAUUACUAGCUUUGAAGGAACCACAUCCGCCCCUUGACAAUGAUAAGGUUGAAUUGUUGAAGGUAUUUGCAGAAGAAGUUUCACGAGCUAAGGAGCGGAUUGAAUUACCACAAAGAUUUAAAUCGGGUGCAAAUUAUGAGACUAGUUUCAAUAAACCACAGAGUUAUACAGAUUAUUGGAACUUAAAGGGCUCACCUGGUUAUAGUGAUAGUGUUCCAAUGUUGUUUUCAUCUCCUUCUUAUCAUCCACAGCCAUAUAUGUUUCAACAAACUGGAGGUAAUUUGCCAAUGAUAAGUUUUGAUGAUUAUACUGGGCCCUUUAAAUCGAGAUUCCGUAGAAAUCAGUUGAAUUUCAAGGAAAGACCAAGAUUAUAUCAAGGAAUGGAAGUAUUUGGGAAGGAAAAUCAUGAGUUGGUCAACCAUUUACCUCCUGGUUCAACUAUCAUCAAAUUAGAACCUGGCAUGCCUGUUCCACCGGGUGCCAUAAGAAUUUCUCCUUAUCAAUUCCAAAAUUUGAAGCAUGAUACUUAUCACCCAGUCAAUGUACCUGAAUCCCUUCCCAUUCAAUAUCCCCUCAAUCCAAACUUCAAAGAAUAUGGUACUUUAUCAACUAAAGAUGGUACGGUUAAUUCUAACUUGUCGAAUUAUUCCUAUACCUCUGAAGAUCAUAACCAGGCUCCUGCUACGGUUGAUCAAGAAAGUCAAGCUUCUACCUUUUCAUCAUGCGAUAGUUAUAAUAUUCAAAUUCAACUACCAAAAAUGUAA